AUGGACCUGAUCUUCGGCGGCAUCGUCGGCAUCGUCGGCAUCGUCGGCAUCGUCGGCAUCGUCGUCCUUCUCUAUUUAUUCAUCUAUUUAUUCAUUGUCUGCCUGGCGAUAAUCUUUUUGCGCCGCAGCCGACUCCACCAAUCUCAGUCAGCACCACGACCAGCGGAGCCUGGUUUACGAUUGGUGCACGAUGCUCCCGAGGAGAACGAGACGGAAAAGCCCAUCGACAUCAUUGCCAUCCAUGGCCUUGAUACGAGGUCGCCUGAUACGUGGACAUGGCAAGACCCCAAAGAUCUCAGGAAGCAAGUCAACUGGCUGGAAGAUUCAAAAAUGCUCCCAAGCAAAGUGGGACGGGCCCGGAUCUUCACAUGUGACUGGCCGGCCGACCUGUUCCAACGGUCAAUUCCGACGACGCUCGAGGAGUCUGCUCGGUUUUUGAUCCGCAGUAUCUCACAGCAUUUGGCAGCAGAAAGACAGGUAGAAGACCGACCAAUUUUCUUCAUCGCAUCCUGCCUCGGGGGUAUCAUUUUGAUAAAGGCCCUCGAGAUCAAUCGCCGUGAUGGCCACAAAGGCGGUCGCUCGUCUCUCAUAGAAGCGACACGUGGUGUUGUUUUCCUUGCCACACCGUUCCUGGGGACUGCAUUCAAAGAUAUGCCAGAUCUAUCUCUUAAGGUCUGGGCUGCUCUCAAAGACCAAACAGUGACCGCACUGAUUGACUACACGAAGCAACCGACACCUUGUCUCAAUGAGCUCGUGCGUGGAUUCACUGAACUGAAAGUGAACAAGCGUUACCACGUGUUCACCUUCUGGGAAGCUCACAAGACGAGUCUUCUUGGGAAAAUUCAUCUCGCUUGGAUGUUUUCCGACAGGGUGUUUCUGAUCUGGCCAGUAGCUGUAAUUUCAAUCUGGCUACUCUAUUCAUUUCCAUGGCCACUGGCUACCACCUCUCUUCUUUGGCUAUUAGGAUUCUGGCUGUACGGAGCAAAACAACUGGUGAGCGAGAGCUCGGCAACAGCGCAGUUUUUUGAGCGGCAACGUCUCAACCGACGCCACGUCCUGAUGAACAAGUUCCGCGACCCUGAGUGUGACGACUACAACGAAGUUGCUGGAGAAAUUUGCAAAAUACUGAAGAAAAUUCGCGAGGAGCAGACGCCACUCGAGGAAGCGGACGCCGAGAUAUGCAAGCACUACACGGCGGAACGGCUCAAGAUCGAACGGCUCUCAGGCAAGGCCUUGUCGAUGGAGCAGUGCUACAUCAACCUUGCCCUCGUGGAGCAGCCCGGGAAAAAUGCGGAUGACUUGAACAAAACAUCAAAAGAAGGAGUCACAACACCUCAGUCUUCCCCGUUUUCACUCUCUGCUCGACUGAAAGUUGAGACGCCGGAAAAGAACAUCCAGGUUGAGUUGGGGACAGUCUUCGACCAACGCAAAGGACCAGACGGCCACACUGUACAGCCUAGAAGAAUCUUGAUCCGAGGACGUGCCGGAGUGGGGAAGACUACCUUGUGCAAAAGGAUUGUACAUGACUUCAUCCACGGCCGCGCAUGGAAGAAUUUAUUUGACCGCAUAAUCUGGGUACCUUUGCGAAACCUGAAGCUUGAAGAAAGACGCCAGAUCGCCGGAUACAAUCUUGGCAGUUUGUUUCGUGAUGAGUAUUUCUCUCAACACGGCAAGAGUGACGACCUCGCCAAAGCGAUGUGGCGUGCAUCGGACACCAAGAGUGGCAGAAUUGUGUUCAUCCUUGACGGUUUGGAUGAGGUUUCUCAGGACCUGGAUCCUGACAGCUCUAUGUUCCAUUUCGUCCAAGAGCUCCUAAAUCAGCCCAACGUAGUCGUCACGUCCCGACCAUAUGGCGAACUUCCACUCGGCGUCCGCGCUUUCGAUCUUGAAUUGGAAACGAUCGGGUUCUACCCAAACCAAGUGAAAGACUAUCUCGAAAACACCUUUACCGAUUCCAAACGAGUCGACGAUGUUCAAUCAUUCCUCCAAGGCCAUCAGCUCAUUCAGGAUCUUGUCCGAAUCCCAAUUCAGCUGGAUGCGUUGUGUUAUACCUGGGACGAAGGUCUCAAUUCCGGAAGCAUACCGGAGACCAUGACAGCCGUUUACCAAUCCAUCGAGCAAAGAUUAUGGAAGAAGGAUGUCUUGCGAUUGCGGAAACAACAUGAUGGGGAGCGAGUGAAACAUGGUCAUAUCGAAAUGGCAAGUCCGUCAAAAAUUGAGGAAUUCGUCACGGACGAGAUUUCUCUACUUGAGGGCCUUGCCUUUACAGGCCUACUUAACGAUGUAAUUGACUUUAGGUCAAAACAUCUGCGCGAUGUAUUCGACAACUUCGCUCCAAAUCUCUUACCCAAUAAAACCCUACCAAACCUAUCCUUCCUGCGGACGUCAGACCAAUCUUCAGAAUACAGCAACCAAAGCUAUCACUUCCUACACCUGACCUAUCAAGAGUAUUUUGCGGCGCGGUAUUUCGUGCGGCAGUGGAAAGCUCGAGAACCGCAACGGCUCACGUUUUUGAUGCUCAGCAGCGGAAAGAAUGAGCUGAUCGACCCUGCCGAUUUUCUCGGCAGGUAUAAAUACCACUCUCGCUACGAUAUCUUUUGGCGUUUUGUUGCCGGCUUGCUUGACGUUGAAGGGGCUCUCUCCUUCCUCAGGGUGAUCGACGAGGAGCCACUCGACCUCUUAGGCCCUACGCAUCAACGGCUUGUCAUGCACUGCUUGAGCGAGGGAAUGGAACCAACACACCGGGAGGCCAGUCACUCUAGCAAGCGAGAUCGAGUUCCCUGA